UUAAUUGAAUACAGGGUGGGGGUAGAAUUGCAAAAGUAGGAACUACAAAGCAAGCGCAGUAAGUAAGCAUACUUGGCGCCGGGGUACGUGGGUCGUUUUGUUACCUGCGCUCUAGUACCUAAUAAUACCGUUUAACCGUUACUUUCAUAGUUCCAAAUUUACGUUCUUCAAAAUGCAUCGAGUGAAAUGGUUACUUGUUGAAUGGGAGAAGUGGCCAAGUGAUUUAUCCUCAUCGUAUGGAGUAAUAAAUGUACGGUCAUUGGUGCAGCCGUGCAAUGAUCUACAUACUGGGAAGCUAAUUUAUGUCGCUGAAACAUCUGGAAAUGUGAGGAGGGCGAAAGUUGUAAUGAGUUCGGAUGACAAACGAUUCCUUGAACAGCAAAAAUUAGCGAUGGUAGAGCAUAGUCGUGCCUUAGGUGAUCAUCAUCAUCGUAAUGCAACUACCAAUCAACCUAUUUAUUACUCCCCGUAUGCCUCGUCUUGGAGUCAGAAUGGAACCCACACUGGAAGUGAUUCUGAUUGCAGUCAGCAAAGCUUCAGAAUUAAGCGUAAAAAUGUCGUGCGAGGACAGCACCAUGAGACAGCUUCUACAAGACCUGUAAAACGAGAUGCACAAAUGCAAUAUGAUCAUAACAUUGCCGGACCAUCCAAUACGCAUGAUAGAAUUAUUCCAGCAAGAGUUCACCAUCGAUCAUUCAAUUUAUAUAGAUCACACCUACCUGCAUCCAGUACACCAUUUCCUAACCGUCAAGAUAGCAGAAAUUCAGACAUACUAACUUACGACCAAGGAGUUCAAACGAACCUCGUCCUUAGCCCAUCAUCUCAGAGAUCUUUACCUAAAAUUGACGACAAAGUGGCGAUCUUAGAAAGAGCCAUCGAUGAAAUGGAAGAGAAGUUUAAUAUUCUUCAAGCAACUGUAGAUAGUUGGUGUAAUGGUGGAGCUGACGAUUCUGGCAACGACUCACCCGGUGCUCUUGAUUUAUCGAAUAAUAAUAUACCUGUUAUCAAUAUACGCCAAUCUUCACCUCAUGGUGAAAUUGAGGAUCAACAGAUACUAUCUAAAGGAGUUCAAAAUGUCAAAGUAAGAGAAUCUACCCCAGAGGGACAAAGCGAUCAUGAGGACCCAGAAUUUGAUGAAAUGGUUUCCAUCGGUAUUGGUAAAACACUUGUGCCAAAACAUAUUCUGAAUCAAAUUGAUUGGAAUUCCUACACAAUGGCCACCCGAAAAUUGUUAAUGUCUGUGUUUCCCCGCAGAACACUGGCUACUCAUUCGCUUACUGGGAAGUCUUCACCAGCGUUUAUGAAUAAACCGGCGAAAUUGUGUUUGGAUCCAGUAAAAGUAAACGAUAUAGUUACAAUGGUAGUCUCUCGGUGCAAUGUUAAGGAGAGCCUUGUGAGGAGUUCCAUUACCACUAAAUGUGCCGAUGAAAACAAAAUGUUCCGUAUGCGACAGCAAAAGAUAGAAAACCGACAGAAAAUACCAGUAGAUAACAAGGAAGAUCAGGAGAACAAGCCACCCGCAGAUGACUAAGUUAAUAGGAAAUAAAGUAGUUUUUAGUUUUAUUAAAAACAAAACCAAUUUAGGAGUGAUUUUUUAAAAGGGCUUAAGUACCUACUUAUUUAAAUUAUCUUUUUUAUGAAUGCCAUGAUUAUGGUUAUAAGUUAUAGUUAGCUAGUCGAAAUAUAAAGUCCAGACAAUAAAGAGUGCGAUUUUGCUAAGACUUUUUAUCAUUGUCAGUUAUUUACUUACUUUUACAUAGGUACAUUUUAAAUAUUUAUUACCGAUUUGUAAUGUUUUUUAUCGGAUUUGUCCUAUAAUAAAUAUGAUAGAUUGAUUAAAUACGGUCUUUGACAAUUAGUUAGGAUCCAAUACCGUUUUCAGGAAUUAAGUAAUAGUUAGACUCUAUAAGAUGUUAGUCCAAAAAAAUAUUUUUACUUGGAAAUAAGCCCUUUUAAAUAAAGUAGGUACAGUCCGAAAUAAAGAGAACUACCUAUUUUGUAGACUGUUUUUUUGUCAUUGCCUGUGAAUUACUUCGAGAAGACAUUUUAAAAUAAUUUUAUAUAACGAUUCAUAACCCGUUUUGCAAAUAUUAUACACAA